GUGUGUGUGUGUGUGUGUGUGUGUGUAGGUCACAAGGUGGGUGCCUGACCACAUGGCCUCCCAUUGUUUCAACUGUGACUGCGAGUUUUGGAUAGCCAAGAGACGUCACCACUGCAGGAACUGCGGCAAUGUGUUCUGUAAAGACUGCUGCCACCUGAAGCUGCCCAUCCCCGACCAGCAGCUUUAUGACCCGGUGUUGGUGUGCAACAUCUGCUACGACCUGCUCCUGGUGUGCCGCACCCGCGAGAUCCGCAGCCAGCAGCUGAAGAAGGCCAUCGCCACAGCCUCCAGCUGAGAGAAGCGUCGUUUAGCCUGGCCCGCCUCGGCUCUGUCCUGCUCCUUUUGGACUGAUGAGCUGAGCGCCCCGUUGUCACCGCAACCUGCCGUGGUUCUGGCUGCUGGGGGGAGGAUGUUGAGGAGGAACUGUUACUCUUUGAUAGGUUUGGGAGAAGAGAUGCACUAUGAGACUGUCCUGAGAGGCGGAAGAAAGGAAAGGGGAAGUGUGAGAUUGAGGCGUGUCAGCAGGGGGGAAACCCUUCUGAUCAGAGACAUUUUCAGGCCUGAGCCCUGCAGCGUCCAGCGGCCUCCACACGGCUCCGCCCCCUCCUGGAGCCCCGUACGAGGCUCUCCUCCCACCUGUCCACCCCUCUUUAGUACCAAACACCUGCACCCUCCUUAAAGACACUGUCUCGCACUUCAGAGGACAAUCGCUCACCCUUCCUACGUGUCGGGGGACUCCGAAGCCUUUACCUGUACUACUGGAGGCUUUCAACUUUAAAAGAAAAUAAUUGCUGCUACAGUAUUUAAAAGUCUAAUUUUGUAUUCUUAUUUUUGUGCACUACUAGCUGUCGUGUGUUGGAGGGAAUUUGAGACCAAACUUGAGCAAAAGGGAGAAAUCUGCUGUUUACUUUGUCAUUGCAUCUUUUUUUCUUGGAGCUUGAAUGUAAUAUGUAACGGAUAACUGGAUUGAGUUUUUGUGCAUUGGUGGAUCGUAUUUGUGUUUCAUUGCUGCAAUGUGUUUUCAAGAUGAUGUAUAUGCACAGUCAAUGUGGUUCUGUCUUUAUCGAUGCUUUUCUCCAGUAUAGCCAUGCUGUGACAUUCUGAGGGAUGUGCGUGGACCGAGCGAUGCAGUGAUGCGUGUUUUGUUUGUUUAAUGGGACGUGUGCUUGAUGUGCUAAGAGGAAGAGAACACAAUAACGAUUGGAGACAGCAGAUUUCUGUAACGUCUUCUUCUGAUGUGGUGAAAUGGCAUUUGAAGGUACUGCAAUGUGACAGAGGGAAGGUUUUCCUGCUGAGGUGUUUGUGAAUGAAUUAGUAAUGUCCACAUGAAGCUUGACGUCACCUGACUGAUGACUCCUCAGAGUGUUAACUGGCAGUAAAGACUGAACAAAGUGCUAGGAGUUUCUUGUUCUUUACAGGGGAGUUUGGCCACAGUCUCCUUUAAAUAAUGUGUUUGUGUCUACUGUUUGUUGAGACAAUAGUGCCAUAUUUUGUUUUGUUUUGUUUAAAGCCUUUUUCUUUCCUAUGGAUGGCAGCAGGUUUCUAAUUGGCCACAUUUCUGUAUGUUUUAUUGGUACAGAUAGUUACCUACUUGAUAACACUGAGAAAGCUAAAUAUUAACAGAUGGUGCGCUUUGAUGAGAGGCUAACGUUUCAAUAGAUGAUGGGAUGUCACUGAACUACUUAACCUGUGAGGUUAUCCAUUGUCUAAUAUUUGAGGGUUUUUUCCACACGGUGUUCAUGAAGUCGAAAUGUCUAAGAGGAAUUCAGAAAUGUAACAUACAUAGUUAUCUGAUCCGUAGUGGUGGCUCAAACCUGUCACUUAAUGAAUAAUUGUUGUAAAGAAAUGCACUGUAAAAGAUAAAUCCCAUGGGUUAAAAUAAAAGAUUAUAUCAUG